CGACUGCUCAUUCGAUCCAGCGUUUACAAUCGGCGACCAACUCUUCCUAGGGAAAUACUCAAAUCUCUGAGCAUGUCUGAGUAUAUGAAUAAGUUAGUGAGCAAGUCAAUUGCUUGUACGAGUAGUUCACGUAUUCUACAAAUCCACCAAAAUAUCCAUACAUAUAUACUUAAACACUGCUGCUCUAUAACUAAUUCGCACACAUCGCUCCUCGGAUCGACAUCUUUAAUACUCAAUAACCCAAUAUUCAUUUUCUUCGGCUGCCUAAAUCUUAAUCGCAAAUGUCUAAGCCCGCACCUCAAAUCGACCCACAUCCCUCUUCCUGCAUUGUCCUGGUUUUCGAGCAUGACUGCGACCAUGUAG